GCAGCACGAGGACGGCGAAUCCCAGGGUGCAUCGCGAUCAAGCUACACCGCGGGACUACAAGUCCCAGGGGGCCUUGCGCCUCGUCCUCCAAAGACACAUGCGUCUGCAAGCGCCUUGCAACUGCAAACCUGUGCUGGAGGGGUUGGGGGUUGCGGGGACCGAGGCCUGGCCGUUGCUGGAUCUGGGGGUCCGUGACUGCCCUCGCCUGGCAGGACCAUGCGUCUGACUGUGCUGCUCGCCAUGGCGGCCAGGAUGAAGCUGCCCCCGGACUAUCGCCACGGUGUCUACCGGCCCUGGACAGCUGCGGCCAAGGCCCACAACCCCCCGGGGAAGAGGCGCAAGAAGGUGUUUGUGGAGCCCAUCAGCAAGGAGGAGUGGAAGGUGUUCCGCGGGGACACGGUGGAGAUAUUAAUUGGCAAAGAUACUGGGAAACAAGGAAUGGUGAACCAGGUCAUCCGAGCUCGCAACUGGGUCUUCGUGGAAGGUUUGAAUACGCAUUACUGCUACGUAGGGAAAACCGCCGAUAACCCGGGGAUGUACAUCGCCAGGGAGGCGCCCCUGCUGCUCCGACAGAUCUCCCUGGUUGACCCUCAGGACAGGAAGCCCACCGAGGUGCAAUGGCGCUACACUGAAGAGGGGGAACGGGUGAGGGUGUCUCUGCGAACCGGCAGGAUCAUCCCCUUACCCGUCCACCAGCGCCGGGACGGCAUCAUCCCAGAGCAGUGGAAAGAGGGGCCAAAGGACACCUCGGUGGAUGACUUGCUGGACAGGACCUACCGGCCCUCCCUGAAAACAUUUGAAGAAGAAAUUAUGGAGCUUCAGGGCAUCAUGGAGACGCGCCGACCUAAGAAGUCCUAUUGGUAUUAGCCCCUCUGUCGUGGGAGAGACAGGCCGAUGCCUAUGACCCGUGUGGGCAGCUGCUUCUAGAGUCCCCAGUCGUGGGCUUACUCUGGACAGCAAAGGCCUUGCUGCCCAGCCCAAGGCGAUAGCAGUGGCUGCAGACCCCUCUGUUGCCAGCCUGCAAUAAAGACGCCUUGACCCCCCCCCCC